AUGGUGCCAAUUCAAGGUAUGAGAUUCUCUAACCCCAUGGAAUUGAAAAAUUGUUUGACUAACUAUGCAGUGAAGAAUGGGUACAACCUUUAUUUUGAGAAAAAUGAUAGUCAGAGGUUAUUAGUGAGAUGUUGUAAAGAUAACAAGAACCCCUCCUAUCCUUUUAGACUGUGGGCUUCCUGGAUGAGCAGUGAAAGUUCUUUCCAGAUUAAGUCAUUAGUUGAUGACCAUAACUGUUCAAGAGUCUUCAAACUUGGUUCCAUUGUAACAUAUAAAUGGAUUGGAAAGCAUUUUAAGAAUCAACUUGUGAAGAACCCUAAAAUGAGCAUAAGGAAAAUGAAAGCGAAAGUGAGUACAAAGUUUAACUUGAUUGUUAGUGUCACUCAAUGUAGAAAUGCUAGGAGAUAUGCUUUGGAUGAGAUAGAGGGUAGUUUGAUAGAACAUUAUAGUAAAGUAUGGAGUUAUGGAGAAGAAAUAAUGAGGAAAAAUCCUGGUUCAACAGUAAAGAUAGAUGUGAAUGUCAUGCCUGAUUCCACAACCUACUUUUCUAAAAUGUAUGUUUGUUUUAAGGGUGUGAAGGAUGGUUGGAUUGCAGCAUGUAGGAGGGUAAUAGGGGUAGAUGGUUGUUUUUUAAAGGGUAUAUGUAGAGGCCAACUGUUAGCAGCUAUGGGUAGGGAUGCAAACAACCACAUCUUCCCUAUUGCAUGGGCUGUGGUGGAAGUUGAAAAUAAGGAAACAUGGAAGUGGUUUCUUGACCUCCUUCUGGAUGACAUUGAAAUGGGAAUUGGACAUGGAUUGACCCUCAUAUCAGACCAACACAAGGGAUUAAUAGAGGCUGUCAAAGAAAGGGUUCCAGUAGCAGAGCAUAGACAAUGUGCUAGGCACAUCUAUGCUAACUUCAAGAAAAGAUUCAAAGAACUUCUUAUUUUUUUGGGCAAAUUUUGGGGGGUACCAUCUGGGAUACAACAAUAUGAAGUUAGGAUUGGAAUUGAUGGAUAUGUUGUGGACCUUAACAACAACACAUGUGGAUGUAGAUCUUGGCAAGUAUCAGGUAUCCCAUGUGUGCAUGCAGUGGCAGCCAUUUCAUACCUCAACAGGAAUGCAGAGGAUUAUGUUGCACCAUGGUUCCAUACAACCAUGUUCUUGACUUGUUACAACCAUACCAUUAAUCCACUUAAUGGUAGUUCCAUGUGGCCUGAAGUUACCUACAUGAAGCCAUUGCCUCCCCAAAAAACAAGGUUACCAGGAAGGCCAACCAUUAAAAGGAAAAGGGAUCAAUCUGAGAGGGAAAGCCAGGGGAAAACAAGGCAUACUAUCUCAAAAGCAGGUGCAGUUAUCAGAUGCACCAUUUGUAGAGAAACAUGCCAUAAUAGAUCAACAUUUCCUACAAGACCAAAAGAUGCAGCAUCCACUUCACUGCCAAAAAAGAAGAAAGCUAAUAAAUGUAAAACAAAGAAAGGUACUGUGGAACCAGUUCAAGUAGAUCCAAUUCAAGUGGAAGCUCCUGCACAACCAGAUAAUGAUGUUCAAGUAGAUGAUCCUGCUCCACAUGUUGAUGUUCAUGUAGAUGAUCAUGUUAAUGAUGUCCCUGCUCAACAUGUUGAUGUUCAUGUAGAUGAUCCUGUUAAUGAUGUCCCUGCUCAACAUGUUGAUGUUCAUGUAGAUGAUCCUGUUAAUGAUGUCCAUGCUCAACAUGUUGAUGUUCAUGUAGAUGAUCCUGUUUAUGAUGUCCCUGCUCAACCUGUUGCAACUGGGAAGAGGACACGAAAAUGCUCAGAAAGAAUUACCAAGAUUGGGUUGAGGAGGAAUGUUUUGAAGAAAGAAGGAAGCAUUGAUCACCACCCACUGGUGUUGGAAUGA